AUGCCCUCGUUGGACUUGAGAUAUAUAGCGGCACCUAUGGUCAAGCAAGCGGAUGGCCCAUUUCGCUUGCUUGUGCGCAAAUACGGGGCAAGCCUGACAUACACACAGAUGCUCCUUCCCGACAGAAUUCUAAACGAUCAAGAUUACCUGGAGUAUCAUUUGCGAGACCUGUCGAUUGCUUCUGAUGACGGUCUUGAACGUCCCGUUGUAAUCCAACUCUGUGGGCAUGAUCCCCAAACUAUCGUGAAGGCUGGUCGUAAACUGCAAGGACACUGUGACGCGAUAGACCUAAAUCUCGGCUGUCCUCAAGAAUCAGCUCGCGAUGGGCAUUUUGGCGCUUAUCUUUUAGGACAAAAAAAUUGGCCACUCGUCGAAGAGAUCGUGUCUGCAAUGUCCAGUUCUUUUUCUGUGCCUGUGACAGCGAAAUUGAGGCUCUGUCAACCAUCUCACGCAACGCUAGACCUUUCUCAACGUCUGGAAGCGUGUGGUGUAUCCUGGGUUACUCUUCACGCACGCAACGUUUCGGCUCGGCGGAGAAGACAAGGUUCUGCGAAUCUCGACGAGGUCAAGAGACUCAAAGGCAACUUGCAAGUUCCGGUCGUUAGCAACGGAAACGUCCGUGAGUUUUCUGACUUGCUGGCAAACACGGAGUACACUGGAGCCGAUGGUGUUAUGGUGGGGGAAACUCUACUUGGGAACCCA